AUGUCCACGAAACCCUCCGACGCGGGACCAUCUCGCCGAGCCGCCCCACCGUCCAUCCUCGCGCCUCUGCAGCGCCAAACAUCCCUCACAGACCCCGCAGCCCUCGUCGUCGCCUUCCCAGAGCUGCAACGUGGCAUGUCAGCAACGUCCACCAAGUCUCGGCGCGCCGCAAACGCUCAAAAUACAGGCGGGAGGAGGGCAUCGGCUAUAUCCGAAGGGAGUGAAGAGAAGGAUUUGGCGGAUAGAGGGGAUGAGAAGGGAGACCUGGAGGCGAGUGAUGGAGGGCAGGAAGAGCCGACGUUUCCGGAUGGAGGAACAGAAGCUUGGCUCGUAGUGUUUGGUGGUUUCUGGACGGUAUUCUGCGGGUUUGGGCUUGCGGGUAGUAUAGGCGCCUUCCAGACGUUAUAUCGGACUGGCUUCCUUGUCGAGUAUACCGACUCUCAAAUCGGGUGGAUCGCCUCGCUGCAGUCCUUCUUCACAUUCGGUCUAUCGUGCUUUACCGGAGCGCUAUUCGAUAAAUUCGGACAUCGCCCACUGAUCGCCUCGGGAACGUUCUUCCUUAUUCUUGGUUUCUGUAUGCUGAGUCUGUGUACGCAGUACUAUCAGCUCAUGCUGGUCCAUGCGACGCUGUUGCCGUGGGGUGCGAACUUGCUCUUCAUGUGCCCAAUAGCAGUCGUGGGGCAGUGGUUCCAGAAACGUCGUGGACUAGCAUUCGGUCUUAUGAGUACCGGCUCCUCUCUCGGCUCCGUCGUCUGGCCGCUCAUCCUUGCCAACUUACCACAAAGAAUUGGCUUUGGCUGGACAUGUCGGCUCAUGGCCCUGAUCUGUGGCCUCUGCGGUAUCACAGCCUUCUGUCUGCUCAAGACUCGAUUACCGCCCAGACCGGCGGGAUCGUUCUUCUACUUCCAGGCGUUCAGGAGCCUGCAAUACAACUGCGUUGUGAUCAACUUCAUUUGUUUCGGAUUCGCCUUCUUCGCAUUCUUGACAUAUAUCGGGACAUAUGGCCAACUAGCCGGUCUAGGAUCUUUGGCGCCCUAUCUCCUGAUCAUCCAAAACGGCUCCUCGGUCGUGGGCCGACUCGGCUCCGGCAUUCUCGCCGACAGAAUAGGAACCUACAACGCCAAUAUCAUCGGGAACGCUCUAUUCGUCAUCAUGUAUUUCAUCUGGCUCGCCGUCAAAAACACCACUGCGGGGCUGGUGGCCAUGGUGGUCAUUAUUGGGAUUGCGGGCGGGAGCUUUGUAUGCCUCCAGCCGCCGUUGGCGGUCAUGACGGCGACGGAUAUGCGGUAUGGGGGGACCAUGAUGGGUCAGGCUUUGUUCGUUAUGGCCUUCGCACAGCUCGCUUGCGGACCGUCGUUCGGCGCACUCCUAGGUUCCGGAACACCUAUGGAGCGGUACGAUUCCUUCUACAAGGGUAUCGUCCUCGGCGCUGUCCUCUCCCUUGUCGGCGCAGCGUCGAUAUGGGUCGCGAGGUGGGAUCGGGAAAGGCGAUUCUGGGCGAAAGCGUAG